UUGAACAACAGCCCAUCCAUGCAAUCUAUGAGUCACUCAAUCCUCCCGGUCACCACAUGUAGUUCGCCAAAUAUCUGUGGCAACAACUUAAACCACCACCAGCAUUUUGCACCACCACCACCACCACUAAGCUUCAAGAGCAGCAGAAAUGGCAGCCACCAGUGCCACAGCUUCCACCGUCGUAGGCUUGGCCACCUCAUCCCUAUCAUCCCCAUCUCGGGUCUCUUCCCCAAAACAAACUCGCCUCAGAUCAGGCUUUUUAAGAUCACCAGUAAGGGCCAGGAACCCUCUGAGGCUAGCACAAGCAUCAGGAGGGAAGUUUACAUGCUUUGAGAGAAAUUGGCUGCGCACGGAUCUUAACGUGAUCGGGUUCGGGCUGAUCGGGUGGCUAGCACCUUCAAGUAUACCGGCAAUCAAUGGUAACAGUUUGACAGGUCUCUUCUUCCAGAGCAUUGCGGAGGAGCUCUCUCACUGGCCUACUGGUCCUGCUCUCACUUCUCAGUUCUGGUUGUGGUUGGUUACAUGGCACUUUGGGCUUUUUGUCUGCCUUACUUUUGGGCAAAUUGGCUUCAAGGGGAGGGCUGAGGAGUACUUCUGAGAAGGAACAGACAAUGUCCUCUAUGUGUUUGAUGUAAUGCCUCUAUGUAAACAUUCUCAACUCUGUCCCUUUCUUCAAUCUGUUGGAAAAAAAUAACUGUAUUCUGACUUCCUUUAUUGUGUAAUAUUGUAUACGACAGGAAUGUAUGAUUUUGUGUUGUUUACUUCUAUUGGUUCAUGCCAUGAUAAGAAAUUAUUUUGUUAGCCACAAUGACUAGUUGAUAAUAUAUGUCCAAUAAUUAUCCAAUUAAAGUGGAUGAAUGUUGAAUUUGAUCAUGUGACAAGGGCA